AAUAAUAAUGGAAUUAGAAAAUAGUAAUCCUAACAUUUAUAAUAAGGUUUCCGAACGUAAUAUAACUGCGGAUGAGGAAGAUGAUAGCGUUGUGGAUGAAAUAGAUUCAAGGGAAAUAUUUGAUCUGAUUCGGGGAAUUAAUGAUCCUGAACACCCUCUGACAUUAGAGGAACUUCAUGUAGUAGAAGAUAGUUUAAUUUUCGUUGACAAUAGAAACAACAUUGUUAAAGUACUUUUUACACCAACUAUACCUCAUUGCAGUAUGGCAACAUUAAUUGGUUUAUCCAUUAGAGUAAAACUUUUAAGGUCACUACCUCCACGAUUUAAAGUUUCAGUUGAGAUAAACCCUGGUACUCAUGUUUCUGAAAACUCAGUAAACAAACAACUAGCUGACAAAGAGCGAGUUGCUGCUGCAUUAGAAAAUACACACUUGAUAAAAGUAAUAAAUCAAUGUAUUACACCCCUUACAAUGAAUCGCAAGAGAGCUUAAAUUUAAUGUAUUUGUUGUAUUUUUUUAAAUGGAUUAAAUCACUAUUAGUAAUAAAAUAAUUUCUGCUUAAAUGUUUUGAAAAUAGCACUUAGACAUAAGGUAAUCAAAAUUAAUUAAGUGAUUUUUAACUUAUUGCUAGUAGGUAAUAAAGCAAGCCAUGGCUAGAUACACAUGGGUGAUCUACUCCCGUAGCUAUCAAUGUAGUGCUUUAGUGCAAGCAAUAUCUCAAGUUUUAUCAUUAUGGACACAUCUCCACUCCUACCUAUCCUGAGUCAAUCUUCAUUUCCCACUAAUCUAAUUCUUCUGCCCCCGCAAAAUACUCUGCAUUUAAUAUGUCUCUAACUAGACCUUCAUGUCUGAUUGUGAGGUGUCCUACUUCUCUCCUUUUCUUUCCUGCCUACAUUAGCGUCCUUGCCUCUCAUACUGUUUUUAAUACUUCUUCAUUUUUAAUCAUUUCUAUCUACUAUACUUUCAUCAUCUUUCUGAACAUACCACGUUUCAAACCUCCAACAGUUCCCACUUUUUCUUUUCUGCAGCUACCACCAUCCGUGUUUCGUACUCUUACAGAGUUGUGCUCCAAACAUACUCUUUUAACGUUAUAAUGUAUAAUGUACAUGUAAUUAGAAUACAUAAAAUAAAUAAGAUUGUACCUGAA